GGCGGGCCGGGCCGGGGGCGCGCGCGCUGAACUAGCUGCAUGUCUGGGCUGCGGACGCUGCUGGGGCUCGGGCUGGUGGUUGCGAGCUCGCGCCUGCUGCGGAUCACAAGCCAGGUCUCCGCCUGCCGCGUGGGACCCACCUGGUGGGGGCCGCAGCGACUGAACUCGGGCGGCUGCGGGGACUCAGAGGUCAUGGCGAGCACAGCGAUCAAGUACCUGAGCCAGGAGGAGGCCCAGGCCGUGGACGAGGAGCUAUUUAACGAGUACCAGUUCAGCGUGGACCAACUUAUGGAGCUGGCGGGGCUGAGCUGUGCCACAGCCAUUGCCAAGGCAUACCCCACCACGUCUAUGUCCAGGAGCCCCCCUACUGUCCUGGUCAUCUGUGGCCCCGGGAAUAAUGGAGGAGAUGGCUUGGUCUGUGCUAGACACCUCAAGCUCUUUGGCUACGAGCCAACCAUCUAUUAUCCCAAAAGGCCUAACAAGUCACUCUUCACUGCGCUGGUGACUCAGUGUCAGAAAAUGGACAUCCCUUUCCUUGGUGAAAUGCCCACAGAGCCCACAAUGAUUGAUGAGCUGUAUGAGCUGGUGGUGGAUGCCAUCUUUGGUUUCAGCUUCAAGGGCGAUGUUCGGGAACCAUUCCACAGCAUCCUGAAUGUUCUGAAUGGACUCACUGUGCCCAUUGCCAGCAUUGACAUUCCCUCAGGAUGGGAUGUGGAGAAGGGAAACUCUGGAGGGAUCCAGCCAGACUUGCUCAUCUCCUUGACGGCACCCAAAAUGUCUGCAACCCAGUUUACCGGUCGCUACCAUUACUUGGGGGGUCGUUUUGUACCACCUGCUCUGGAAAAGAAAUACCAGCUGAACCUGCCAUCCUACCCCGGCACUGAGUGUGUCUAUCGUCUACAGUAAGGGAAGGUGGGUGGGCAUUCUUCCCAAUAAAGACUUAAUGCCUCUCUCUCCCGGAA